CCUGUGUAUUCUCUCCUCAUGUGUGAUAGUCAUCCCAGUCUUAUUAAGGGCUGUGUUUGCUACUGUGCCCUUCCUCCUCCUCUUCCUCCUCCUCCUCCCUCUCUCGCCGUUCAGCCCUCUCUCUCUCCCUCUUUCUCCAUUCUGACCUCUCUCUCACUCCUUCUUCUUCCUCUCUUCCUCUCUCACACGCCUGCCCCUCUGCUGCUGCCUCUGCUCUUGUUGCUGCUGCUGCCACAGAAAGAGACACGGACCAUUACGACGCUCUGCUGUAAAGGCCCCGAGGCUUACGUUCAGUCUUACAGAUUUUCUUCAUCUGUUUUCUUCUCUGUCUCUCUUUCACACACACACACACACACACACACACACACACACACACACACACACACACACACACACACACACACUGUGCCCGAUGAAAAUGUCAGGAGAGGACGAGACUCAUUCGAACGGGUGCUCGAGGUCAGACCUGUCUCUGGCACUGGAGGACUGCAUGGCUGGCUUGGAUCUGUUUCUCAGAAAUGAGUUUGAGGAGGCGCAGGCCCGACUCAAAUGCAGAACCAAAGACAGCAUGUACCACGCUCUGACCUAUGCCACUAUCCUAGAGAUGCAGGCCAUGAUGACCUUUGAACCCCAACACAUCCAGGCCGCAGGAAACACAAUGAAGGAGGCCCAGGCGAUUUGUCAGCGGCACCGCAAGAAGUCAAGUUUCUCCAAAAACUUCACAGAAGAGGAACUCCAUGCUGAAGUAUGCUACGCCGAGUGUCUCCUGCAGAGGGCAGCACUCACCUUCCUUCAGGAUGAAAACAUGAUCAGCUUCAUUAAAGGGGGAAUCAAAGUGAGGAACAGCUACCAGACAUACAAAGAGCUUCACACAGUCCUCCAGUCUGCUGGAUACACUCAUGGUGACAACCACGGCCAUUUUGAGGGUGGUGUCAAAUUGGGAGUAGGAGCCUUCAACCUAAUGAUUUCCAUGUUGCCCACGCGGACGCUCAAGCUGCUGGAGUUUGUCGGGUUUUCUGGUAAUAAGGAGUUUGGUCUCCAGCAGCUUCUGGAGGGCUCUGCAGAAAGCACAUUCAGGUCCUUCCUUUGUAAUAUGCUGCUGCUCUGUUAUCACACCUUCAUGAGCUUCAUUCUCGGCACUGGAGAAGGAGAUGUUGAAGAUGCUGAGAAACUGCUGCAGCCAUAUCUCAAAAAAUAUCCUAAGGGAUCCAUCUUCUUGUUCUUUGCUGGUCGAAUAGAAGAGAUCAAAGGCAACCUGGAUGCUGCUAUCAGUCGUUUUGAGGAGUGCUGUGAGGCUCAGCAGCAGUGGAAGCAGUUUCACCACAUGUGCUACUGGGAGCUGAUGUGGUGCUUCACGUACAAGAGACAGUGGAAGAUGGCUUACUUUUAUGCAGACCUGCUCAGCAAGGAGAACUCGUGGUCAAAGGCGACCUAUGCAUAUAUGAAAGCAGCCUAUCUUAGCAUGCUGACUGAGGAUGAUUGUCUGACUUUCGGGGAGACUGCGCUCUCUCUGUUCAGGCAAGUUCCAGCAUUAAAACAGAAAAUAGCUGGCAAGUCUUUACCUACGGAGAAGUUUGCAAUCAGGAAGGCACGUCGCUACCUCGUAGAUAACCCCAUUCCUCUGCCUGCUCCUCCACUGGAGAUGAUGUACAUAUGGAAUGGUUAUACAGUCAUUGGAAAACACAAAGACCUGACGGAGGGCAUGCUGAAAACGCUGGACGAGGCACAGGCCAAACUAGAGAGCUGCCCAAGGUCUGAGUUCACCAUAGAUGAUCAGUGUCUGUUAAGCCUACUGAGGGGACUGUGUCUCAAACACUUGGGGCACCAAGAAGAGGCCGAACACUACUUCACCCUCGUCCUUUGCAAUGAGACCCAGAUCAAAUAUGACCAUUACCUGAUCCCUAAUGCCCUGCUGGAACACGGUCUGCUGUGUCUGGAGCAAGGCCGAAAAGAUGAGGCAAUCAAACUACUAGAAGCAGCAAAGCAAAACUACAAAAACUACUCGAUGGAAUCUCGAACACACUUCCGUAUUCAGGCUGCUCUGCACAAGGCCAAGGGCACCACAGAGAAUGGCAUCCAUGUUCCCUCCAGCCCAUAACGGACAGAGGAGGGCACACAAGAGCAGAGACAGAUAACUGUGUCUGCAGUCCCACAAUGCAACACUCAGCCCUGCCCAUUCAGGCAGGCUAUUUGUUUUUUUUCAUCAGGAGGACAUGCUAAUUUUUCUCUUGUGUGCCACCGCUACAGGCGACUGCUGCGCUGUGUGGCCCUGACUGGCUUAGCCGGGUUUGCUAUGCUCUCUUCCAGAGCUAUAUUAUGAUGAAAGUCAUUUCCUCAUGUGAUUUGAAAUAGAUACAAGUUGAGAAAUGUGGCUAUAUUUAAGAAUCAUUGCUUCUAGCAGGCUUAUUUGUCUAGUGCCAUGGCCACCCAUAAGGGGCGCACUAGGGUAGAAAACAAGGAUAUACUUGUGUAGUACAUGCUGCAGAGGGCUAAAAAUGUGCUCAGUACAGGGUACUGGGUGUGGACCUGAUGAAGCCAGAGUACCAGACAACCCACUAUAGAUUACUUCACCCAGACAGCAGCACAGUUUGACGUUGGUUGCUUCAAAGCCUCCCACCUCUUUUGAUUUAAUGUAAAUCAGUGAUUAUUGAUAAAAUGACUCGAGUAAAUGGGGCAUGACACAUCAUUAUGUAUUAACACCUGUUCUAUAUAUUUAAAUGUAACUCUCCACAUAUUCUAUGAGAACUAUGAGACUGUUAUGUGUCAUUUGAUACAUUUUUGUUGACAGGGUUCACCUUUGUUCAGAUUAUUGAUCACCAAUAUGACCAAAUUAGAUGUCAAUUCUAAAUGUUUGAUUCCCCUUUUUUUAAACACUGCAUACUCUUUGGUUCAUUGUGUUUCUCAGAGAGAGCGGACAUUUUAUCUUUUAUUUUAAAUUUUCUUCCCUGCCUUGAAGGGAACUGAAACACUGAAAGACAAAAUAUUAAUGUGGAAUUCUUUCUUUUUGUCUCCUUUUGAAGAACUGAUCAUCUCUACAAUCCUUUUGUAUUUACAGUUACAUGUAAUGGUUCUUGCACAAAGCUUUGUAAAUCAGCAAGCCAUGCAAAGUCUCCCUAGUCGAAAAAAGCCUAUCAGACUUUAAGCUAGGGUUGUUCUUUACAGUCACUGUAUAUACUGUAAAUGGCGUAUGUUACACAUAUUGUCCCGUUUUAAGAGGACAGAUGAAUGUGUCUUUUAGAAAGGAAGACUCCCUCCUUUUCUCCUCCUGGUGUGUGGGACAGGCUCCAACAGCACUUGAGCACGAACAAACAGGCCAUUCACACAGUGGCAAAGGACUGCGUGCUUGUCUGCCUGUUGCAUCCUUAGUGGGUGAAGAAGGUCUGAAUGGCAAUGACCACAGUCCUCCAGCUUUAUGAAAAAAGGCUUGCGGCCCACAUAUCUGCCGUGCUUGACUAGAACCACCAAUCGAAAGAAUGGAACACCAUAACCACAAUCCUGUGUCAAAUAAUAAUCUGUAUAAGAACAACUACUUGUAAUGAUAGAAACGAUAAGACCCAAAAUGUCACCACUGACUGAACUGUUUGUGCAGCCAUUUGGAGGGCUAUGUCCCAGCAACAGUGCCCAAAAUCUAGAAACUGUUUUGGAAUUAGAGCACUGCUGAUUUAUUCAUGAUCAGAGCAAUGUUCAGGAUGCAAGAAGAUUACUGAGAGUCAGUUUCAAUAUUUUAAAUGGUGGAGGAAAUGUAUUCUUCAUAUGUUUUACCAGCAGUCGCUCUCUGUAAUAUUGAAGUAACAAAUCAUAUUGUAUUUUCUAAUAAUUAAUCAAGCUUGUUUUAUUUUUCUCUUCUCCUUUUGGUUUUACAGAUGUUGCUGAAAAAAACUAACCAAAUGUAAAUGCAAAGAAGCUGACAAUCAGCAUAUUAUACUGGGCACAGCCCCAACUGAGCAGAAUGACAUUCCUGUACAUACUGAAUGUUUCUAUUGUAAUUUAACAUGAAAUGAUGGUGAGCAACUAAAAAACAAAAACACA